GAUAUCUAAACAUUUCUCCACCUUCCAAACGUGGAUCUAAAUAUGACUUGAUCCAGUCCGUGACCAUUUCUUCAAAGCGCCAAUUCAUCUUUCGCAACAUCCAAACAUAUGAAACCGCCCACGCGGCGCAGUUUGGCUUUCACCUGUUUGUUUUUCUAUAGAGACCAAUGUUUUAGUUAUAAUUCGGCGUAUUAUAGUCAAUGUAUUUGUCUCACUACACCCAGCGAUUUUUACAGAGGCUUCAAUCAUUUUGAGACUAUGGAAUCUGCUGUUUUCCAGCUAUAAAGCGACAAAACAAAAACAACACCUGGAUAGACAUGGAAGCCAUUUGGCUUUACCAAUUUCGACUAAUUGUCAUCGGGGACUCCACUGUUGGAAAAUCAUGUUUAAUUAGGAGAUUCACGGAGGGCCGCUUUGCUCAGGUCUCUGACCCGACAGUUGGGGUGGAUUUUUUCUCUCGUCUGGUGGAGAUUGAACCUGGGAAACGCAUUAAACUGCAGAUUUGGGACACUGCGGGCCAGGAGCGCUUCAGGUCUAUUACCAGAGCUUACUACCGGAACUCUGUAGGAGGUCUGCUGCUCUUCGAUAUAACAAACCGUCGUUCCUUCCAGAAUGUUCAUGAGUGGCUAGAAGAGGCACGCAGCCAUGUACAGCCCCACAGCAUUGUCUUCCUGCUAGUCGGUCACAAAUGUGAUCUGGAACCACAGCGUCAGGUGUCCCGACAAGAGGCCGAAAAGCUAGCUGCUGCGUACGGUAUGCACUACGUGGAGACUUCAGCACGUGACGCAAUCAACGUGGAGAGGGCGUUCACAGAGCUAACGCGGGAUAUAUUCGCGUUGGUGAAAAACGGGGAGAUUAGUAUCCAGGAAGGCUGGGAGGGAGUGAAGAGCGGAUUUGUACCAAAUGUGGUGCAUUCCUCAGAAGAAGUGACAAAGGGUGACCGUCGAUGUUUCUGUUGAGUCAGCAAUCACCACCCUAGUACCGAUGAAAUAUUUGGGCCCUGGUGGUCAACAGGAACGCUUCCUCAAAUCACAGGGUCAUUAUUAAACUCCCUGAUUAUGACAUCUCCACCCCUUUCCUGCCUGCUGAACGCCUAACAAGUCCAAUUCGUCCUCCACUUUUCCAUAAUACUUUGCUAAUGUCCUGAAUCACACAACCUUGUAUAUGACCGAACAAAACUAGUCUCAAACUCAUGAGAAUAAAAGGUUAGUAUGUAACUAUUUUUGAAACCUAUCUCUGUCACUAUUGAGCCACAAAACUUCCCAAAUGAAGAAUGAAGUUUGCUUCAGACUUUUCAUCCAUCUGGAACUUAACCACCUCCAGAUGUCUUCUAUAAGUUGUAUGAUGGGAGAAGUAAUUUACUAACACAAGUUUUACUAUCUGACUGCACUGAUGAAUGCAGGAAAACCUACUUCUGUUGACUUGAAGAUCUCAGACUUAAACAAUGUGAUAGCUGGAGGUGUGACUGAUUAUCGACUUUUAGCUCCAGGGAUAAAAGGAAAGAAGUAUGUCUGGCAAUAUAACAUGAAGUAGUAGAACUGGGCAAACACCUGCCGUGUAAUGUUUCAAAAUGAUUCCCAUGUCAACACAAACUUGAUUUUCGAUUAUCAAAGUGGUUUCAAAUGAUUAUGUCACUCACAUGGUAUGAUAUAACCCAUUUAAAGAUCUAGUACAAAGAUAUGUCCUCUUAUUGCUGUUCCAAAGGGACUAGUGAAACUCUGUAUUUGCAAGUUUAAGCCAUAAAUGGAUUAGUAAAGUUUGGGUGCAUUCAUUAUUUAACUAAUAACAACUCUUAUCACACAUUACCACUGGAGGCCUCUGGUUUUUACCAGAAUUACAAAUAGAAAUGUAUUCUCUUGUACUUAGAUAAAUCUUUACACUGUUUAUCCCAAAGAGCAUUUCUUAUGUUACAUCUUGUGAUUGUACCAUCUAAUAUGAAAAAAGCAAGCUCAUCCUCUAGGUUUUCUAAUUGCCCAUUGAGGGUCCAUAGCAUGUAUGCAUAUCCACACAAAACUUGUUUUCUGAGAGCUUGCAUUUCCAUGUACUGUAUAUAAAAACUACUUUAUUCAACUACAUGUAACGCAUUUAAUUUUUUAAAUUACUGACUCUUCAUCUUGCACUUUCAAGCGCACAAUUUAUGCAGUCCACAAUGUCACAAUGGACUGAGCAGGUAAUGUGUCACAUAGCUGGAUGAUAUAAUAGUGAAGUGCCAGAGGAUUUUGUAUUGGGUUUACCACUUGCUUUCUCUCUGUAUGCUUAUUUAUAUUGGGGUGGUUUGGAUUUGCAAGCACUACCAACUGAAUUUCAAUUUGAGACACCCUGUACCUCUUUAACAUGGGAACUUGAAAUCUACUACAAAUUAAAGUAAAAUGUAAAAAUGUUGUGCAGUCUGAGACAAAUUUCUACCCACUCACCAAUAUAAUUUGGGGUGAUGUUAGAAUAUUGUAAUUUUAAAACAACAGUCCCUGAUGACGCACCAAGAGAAUGUAAUUGUAGGGCAAGAGAAGUUUACUUUCUAGUUUUCAGUAC